GACACCUUGAGCAAAGUACUCAAGUAUUAAUCAAUCCAUCAAGUAUUCCCAUCAGCACAGCUGCCCAUCCAUCGCCUCACAUCCCACUGGACACCCAAUGGGCGGCAUUCUCUAGCAUUAUUUAGUACCACCACCAGUCCCACUAUCACGCUGCAGGCCAUCCAACACUGGCCUAUCACCGGGACAAGUACACCUCAGCAUAGGUACCACCCAAGAUGUCCAAACGCUCUCGAAGCACCUCCAGAUCCCCCUCCCCCGAUCCCUCCCCGGAGGUUUGGUCGUCCAGACCUACAUCCCCAGCAUCCUCCACCACCCCUUCCCUGGGACGCUCCAAGCUCCAUUUUCUCGACACGGCCGCACCGGAGGCCGAAGCCAUGCAUUGCUCCCUCCCCCCGCAUCGGGACAUCCUUUCAUUUGCCUCCUAUGAAGACUACGAGGUCCACUACAUGCAGGCGCAUGUUAAUCGAUGCUCUCAGUGCAACAAGAACUUCCCCACCGACCGCUUUUUGACCUUGCACAUUGAAGAGAAUCACGAUGCGCUGGUUGCUACCCGACGGGAGAGAGGCGAGAAGACGUAUGGCUGCUUCAUCGAGGGUUGCGAGCGGGUGUGCUCUACACCUCAGAAGCGGCGGAUGCAUCUCAUAGACAAACACAUGUUUCCCAAGACCUAUAACUUCUAUAUUGUAAAUGAUGGGAUCGAUAAGCAAACAUCUUUGCUCCGAACACCACAGACCCAUCGCCGCCGUUUAUCGGCCGCUCCUACUUCCCCGCGGGAGGGGCGGUUGCGGAACCGACAGACUUCCGUCUCUCAACCUGACCCUGGGUCAAAUACCCUAAGGAGCUUGCCCCCUCGGAAAGAUCCAGAAGAAAUGGAGAUUGCUCAGCUCGAAAGAUCCAUGUCCGCCCUGCGCUUUGUUCCCACCAGCUUUGUGAGAAGCCAAGGUAAAGGAAGUAAAUCCUGAUUUGAAGCUUUGCAUCCCCACAUGGCAAUGAACUCAAACUUUGUCAGAGAGAGACCACACCGGUUCGCCAAGUACAGUGUGCUACUAGUGGUACGGCCUGUGGCAUUUCCAAGACGAUGCAAACGUGUUAUGAAACCGCGCGCUUUGCCUACUUUCAAGACAAAA